CCGAAUGUAACCAAAGCACGUUUCCUCGCAAUCAGCCGGAAUUGUUUGCCUUUCGGUCUGUGGUUAGAUUCGUCUCAGCCAUAUUGUGCAAGUGUUUGUCACAUGCGAAUUGCAUCAGUAUUGAAAAUAAAAAAACGGAAAUAAAAACCGAUGAACAGACCAGCAUACUGAAGGUCGGGUUGAUAGCAUUGUGGAGUGUGGAUAUUUUGUAUCAGAUUACCUCCGAUAUAGGGAUUAAAAUCAUCAGGACAACAGGUCAAGUAAGUUGAAGUUAAGUUUGUUCAACAUUCUGACUGAUAACGGGACUGUUUGGGAAUGCUGAGCCUACAUGUUAGAGACGAGUGUUCAGAUAGACAGACAGACGUACUGUAGAUAGAGCUAUCAACGAUGGUGGUCCCUGGCUCUCAACACAUAGAGGACAAGAUGUACCAUCCUCCGGAGGGUUUGCAGAAGGAUGCUCAUGUGCCUGACUUCAACUGUUAUCUGGAACUUUACAAGAAGUCUAUUGAGGAGCCGGACGUAUUCUGGAAAGAGGUUGCUAGUGAUUUCUAUUGGAAGAAACCUCCUACGGGUCAGAUUCUGCAGUAUAACUUCGAUGUGACCAAAGGGAACAUCUAUGUGAAAUGCAUGGAGGGAGCCACAACUAACAUGUGUUACAACGUCCUGGACAGGAAUGUGAAGGACAAGAACCUUGGUGAACGAGUGGCAUUCUACUGGGAGGGGAACUCACCUGAUCACCACGAGGCCAUCACCUACGGUCAGCUGCUUGGACAGGUGUGCAGGUGUUCCAACACUCUGAAGCAGAUGGGAGUGAGGAAGGGAGACAGGGUGGCCAUCUACCUCCCUAUGAUUCCAGAGCUGGUGUACACCAUGCUGGCCUGCACCAGGAUAGGAGCUGUCCACUCCAUCGUGUUUGCAGGCUUCUCCGCUGAGUCUCUGUGUGAGAGGAUCAUGGAUUCCCAGUGUAGUAUCCUGGUGACUGCAGAUGGUGUGUACAGAGGGGAGAAGUUGAUCAACCUGAAACAGAUAGCAGACGAGGCUCUGGAGAAAUGUAGGGAGAAAGCAUCCGCCACUGUUACAAGAUGUUUAGUAGUGAAACAUCAUGCACUGAGGACACAAGAUGGAGAUGUUUCCAACAAAUUGCAGACCCCGUGGGAUGCUGCGUGUGAUGUGUGUUGGGAGGAGGUGAUGGGACAGGUCUCAGAGCAGUGUGAACCUGAGUGGCUGGAUGCAGAGGAUCCUCUCUUUAUACUUUAUACCAGCGGAUCUACUGGCAAACCAAAGGGUGUCCUCCACACGGUAGCAGGCUACCUGCUCUACACCUCUCUGACCUUUAAGUAUGUGUUUGACCACCAGCCAGACGAUGUGUACUGGUGUACCGCAGAUAUAGGAUGGAUCACCGGGCACUCCUACAUCACCUAUGGACCCCUGGCCAACGGGGCUACCAGCGUACUGUUUGAGGGUAUUCCAGUCCACCCUCACGUUGGGCGUUUCUGGGAGGUGAUUGAGAAGUACAGAGUGACCAAGUUCUACACAGCUCCCACAGCCAUACGCCUUCUGAUGAAGUACGGAUUAGAUCCAGUACAGAAGUACGACCUGUCAUCGCUGAGGAUUCUGGGUACUGUAGGUGAGCCCAUCAACCCGGAGGCGUGGCAUUGGUACCACGAGGUGAUUGGUCAGAAGAGAUGCCCUGUGGUGGACACCUUCUGGCAGACCGAGACGGGUGGCCAUGUUUUAACUCCUUUACCUGCCGCUACACCUCUGAAACCUGGAUCAGCUACGUUUCCUUUCUUUGGCGUGGAGCCCACCAUACUGAACGAGCAUGGAGAGGAACUGGAGGGAGAGGCAGAGGGCUAUCUGGUGUUCCGUCGGCCCUGGCCUGGUAUCAUGCGUACCGUGUACGGAAACCAGGAGCGAUUUGAGAGCACGUACUUCAAGAAGUUCCCCGGUUUCUAUGUGACCGGGGAUGGCUGCAGGAGGGAUAAAGAUGGAUACUACUGGAUCGCAGGCAGGAUAGAUGAUAUGAUCAACGUAUCAGGUCACCUGUUGAGUACAGCGGAGGUAGAGGCAUCUCUAACAGACCACGGAGCGGUGGCCGAGGCUGCAGUGGUCAGCAGACCCCACGCGGUCAAGGGGGAGUGUCUCUACUGUUUCGUUACUCUGAAGGACUGCAGAGAGUUCAACCGCACUCUGGUGGACGAACUCAAGAGACAAGUGAGGGAGAAGAUUGGUCCGAUCGCAACCCCAGACUUCAUCCAGAACGCUCCUGGACUUCCUAAAACACGAUCUGGUAAGAUCAUGAGGCGGGUCCUGAGGCAGAUCGCCCGGAACGAGAAGGAUCUAGGUGACCUUUCAACUAUGGCUGACCCCAAGGUCGUAGAGGUCCUGUUCAACCACCGCUGUGAGACGGCCUCUUGAGAGGGCUGCAUGUCAACACUCUACAGUAGCUUCCUCUCCUCGACACCUCAUCUCCUCUCCUCCUCAUUUCCUCUCCAUCCACACCGAUCUGAAAACUAUGGAAGCCCAUUCCUGCCACCAACUCUUUUAAAAAAACAAAAACGUUUAAAAAAAAUAAUACAACAUACAGGAUAUAUUUCUUAAUUUGUAGCAGUAUGUGCACAUUUAUUUCCAUCUAUCCACGUUGCAGAGAUCAGCACAGCAGGGUGGCCGGCAGAUGUGUGGCGAGCUGGCAUUUACCCCAACACUUUUUCAAUUCGGUUUAAUAAAAAAUAUUGACACAAAAGCAUUGAAGAUUGAAACUGUUGUUUAGAAUGAUUUGCCUUUAUGAUUUGUCAACUCGUGCUUCAGUCUGAUCAACUGUAGUCUACUGAUAACGACCACAGCUACAGGUGGCCUAGAGAAACCUAUGCACUCUGGUCUCUUCUGGCCAGGUGAAACGAAGUGGUAAUGUGGUGUUUUUAUAGCCAAAGCUUUGUAUUUAUAGCCUAAAAUAGGCCUAUUUUAUUUGUGUUAAGAGAAAAUGUGACUGUGAUCAAAUUUGAUUUGUAUAUUUUCCGACUUCGGGUGGCUAGUCUACCCAGACCAUAUCAAUCCAAAAUGAUUGACUGAAAUCAAUCGAUGAACACAAUAGUGAUGACAUAGUGUAUGAGUCACUUUUCAAUUACAGAUGUUAAAAGGCCCACACUGUGUAACCGUGCAUACAGUCAGCCCUGUUGGUUCUAUUGUCCAAUCACAGUUGUUGAUUAGUAUUUAAAGAAUAAAUCAUUUUUAAACCAUAUGACCUGGAUGUUGGGAAAUAACAAUCUGGUCCCAACAUAGUUCACAUGCAACCGUUUUACAGCUGAUUCUAUUACUAUGUCAUACCCUAUGACUUAGGUUCUGGAGUUUUACCUGGUUGGGUUUUUAUUUUAUUUUUACCUUACUAGGCAAGUCAGUUAAGAACAAAUUCUUAUUUUCAAUGACGGCCUAGGAACAAUGGGUUAACUGCCUGUUCAGGGACAGAACGACAGAUUUGUACCUUGUCCGCUCGGGGAUUAGAACUUGCAACCUUUCGGUUACUAGUCCAACGCUCUAACCACCAGCCUACCAGAUCAGGAAAUACUCGGGGGGGCCCCCCUAGGAAAAACCCUCCUGUGGUGCCACCUCUGAACAUCACCCCCACAGAGAGACAGAUGAAGAAGCAUGCUCUACAAUCUCAACCAAUUUUUUUACAAUUUUUUUUAGUAUCUCAUCAUAAAUGUGGUUGGUGGGAAUGGGCUUUCUGCAGAAAACAUUAUAAAAUAUACAACAGGAAACAUGGCGGAGGGGUAUUUUCUUUAUUGUCAUUCUAGGAAGAUGGAGAUGAGGUGAGGAAGCUACGUUAGACAUACCCAGAGAGUCCCCCUUCCUUCUUCACCUAAUCACCUAAUUCACCACUUCUUCACCUAAUCUGAAGAUGCUGAGGCCUGUCUCCUAGUCUGUGGACAAAGACACUUAAAUUAUUUUAAAUUGUAAUGUUUGCUAUUCUUUAAACACGUGUUUUAUUCAUGUGCUUUUCUAUAAACCAAUGUGUGUUUUGAUCUGAUGGUGCAGAUUUAAUUCACAGUCCCUAAGCGCUGAUCCUGAAUCAGUCUUAAAUUAUUUUGUGUGGUCUGUUUGGAGGAUGGGGAUUAUUAGUGGUUGGAGGACAGAUCCUAGAUCAGAUCUUAUGGGAACGACUGACUUCGAUGUUGUCUAUGUAAGGGAAUUACAGUCAAUUCAAAUGCCAAUCCCAAGGGCUCAAACCAAUGAACUCCGUUUAUUUCAACACUUUUUUUCUAUACCCAGUCAAAAAGGACAUGAAACAAUCCCUAUUCCAAAUGAUUAUUUAUGCCACAGUGUUGUCAUUUGCAUGUAAUAAUGGGUGGGCCAAUGUUGAGGUAAACUGGACACGGAAUCAGAAUCGUCCCUUGUUGCCUGGUCAGCAACCAAACCUCUGGAACAUUCAGUGUUCUGAUUGAUCAGCUUCUGUCUUCCAUCUUGUUUUUUUUACAUGCUCCUCAGAUUAUUAUAUUAUAUUAUUGAUCUGUAAAGACUACAUGAUGGAAAACUAGUUUCACCUUUUUUUUUAAAGCUAUGAUAAUUAUUCCCGGGGAGACCAGUCAGGCCUUUGCACAGUUCUUCCACAACAUGGCUUGUAUUUGUUUGGACUUCUUUGUAUAUUUCAACUUUGAGAUUUUAUGAUUUGAGAAUAAAACUGUUUAAUUUA